AUGGAUAAUCCAAUCGCACAAGUAUCAAAAAAUGAUACAUUAAAUAAUAAUAGUAACAGUAAUAUUAAUGGAGAUGGUCGGAACUUUUCUAAAAACAAUAAGAACUCCUCCUCCUCUUCAUCAGCAACGGCUGGAACAAAUAGCAAUGGAAAAAAGAAAAACUCUAAUGGAUUGGUAAAGGCAUUUUUAUGUUGUUUUAUUGGAGACAAUAGCAAAAAGUCGUCGUCGUCGUCGUCUGGCAAUCAUAGUGGGUCUAGUGCCAAUGGGACGUCUAGCGGAGCCACUCGUCAAGAACUCCUUACCAAUGUAAAUAAUAACUAUGCAUCGGGUGCCGGCAUGGAAGCGCUCCUGCCACCACCACACGCAAAACAUCUCAACAAAAAGACACUUGUACUCGAUCUCGAUGAGACAUUGGUCCACUCGUCGUUCAAGCCCGUUGCCAACCCCGACUUUGUCGUGCCCGUCGAGAUUGAGGGCAUCAUUCAUCAGGUCUUUGUCGUAAAGAGACCCCAUGUCGACGAGUUUUUGCGUGCUGUCGGUGAACACUUUGAAAUUGUUGUUUUCACUGCCAGUCUUGCCAAAUAUGCCGAUCCAGUACUCAACCUGCUCGAUAAAUACCAGGUCGUCCAUUGGAGACUUUUCAGAGAGUCUUGUCACAACCACAAGGGCAACUAUGUCAAGGAUCUUUCGAGAAUUGGAAGAGACCUAAAAUCUACCAUCAUUAUUGACAAUUCACCAACAUCGUACAUGUUCCAUCCAGAGAAUGCAAUCCCUGUAGACAGUUGGUUUGACGACGAAAAAGAUAGAGAAUUAUUAGAAUUGAUACCUUUAUUGGAAGAUAUUACAAAGGUUGAUGAUGUUAGACCUGUUUUAGAUAGUACAAGGAAGACUUAA